GUCAGUUAUUCCGAUUAGAGCCUCACUCAAUUGCGGGAAAGCUUGCCAACCACAAGCCCGCAAUUAGCAACAAACGCUCCCUCGACCUAUUCCGCUCUCCUUCGCUCCCCAACGCCCGCCGAUCACACACGACGAGAAACACGCCCGCGCCCACCAUGUCGAGCAAGUACGCCUUCAGCAAGGGCCUGCGCGAGGUCCGCUUCCUCUUCUGCCAGUCCUCGGAGCAGAGCGCGGCUGUUCGAUCAUUCAUCACCAGGGCCUACCCAACCAUGAAGCGCAACAACCCCAGCAUUCCCAUCCUCAUCCGCGAGGCCGCUGGCACCCAGCCCAAGAUCUACGCCCGAUACGAGCGCGGAACCGAAAAGUCCCACUCCCUCGAGGGCCUGACUGAUAAGCAGAUCGAGGAUACCGUUACCGGCUUGGUCCAACAAUGAGCGUGACAUGGGGAAAGAGAAAUUGGAAUGGAAUAGAGUUGCCGGAUCGGUUUACGACGGCCAUGUAUAUAUGGGGUGAAAAAUCAAGCAUUGUACCACCACCAAGCAUCACGACGCUUCCGUUUCGCUAGCCCAGCUUUACAGCACACAAUGCGCCGAGUGAGAAUACCAGGGGUAUCAAUUAGACUGGUCACCAUCGAUCCCACAGUUUUGGAUGGAUGCACCUAAGACCCUUUAACGCAUGAGAGGCGCACAUUUACUCAAAGUCUCGCAUGAUCCCAGCAUCAUCAUCAUCAUCAGGUUUUGCAAGAACAUCUUACAACAAUCAAACA